AGCAUUGUCUAUUACAUUUCUGCAUAUUCCAAACUGAUACAUAAAUACAACAAACCUGCAGAUCUUCGGACAAGAAAAGCGGCACCUCUGCUAAUGCCAAAUAAGAGGAAACUGAGGAUGUGACGCACGUCUUCUGACGGAUUGGGGUUGAGUUAUAUUAUAAAGCUGACCAGAGUUUAUUUCACUAGUGAUUUGAACAGUUUUCAUACGGUUUGGCAGAGAGCACGGCAAAAAGCGAGACAUGAGAAACUACACAGAGCACCUUUUGAAAUCCAACGGGAGGAUUUUGCUGGCUUUGGGUCUAAUCCUCUUUCUGGGAUACACAGUACAAGCUGCCCCAACCAAAGGGAGAUACAUGUGGGUACGAUGCAAACCGGACGCCAAAAACCCUAACUGUGUGGAAGAAAGCGGUCCUUGGAUUGAUCUUCCGAAGUCCGGACCUGAAGUCCCUUCACCCAACGCUGAUCAUGACCUCAUGAACAAAAAGCCAGUCGAAGAUGAGUCAGAAAUGACUUUUGAAGAGUCCGGAGAUGAUUCUGGGAAAUUCCAGGAGGACAUGGCAAUCGAACUGGGCUCAGGAAGUCAGUGGAAUGAAGAUCUCCUGAGAGCCAGCAGCACUGCCGAGUCUGAAGAAGGAAGUGCUGACUACACAGAGGACUUCCCAGCCACGCCAGAAGGGGGCAGUGUUGAUUAUUCCCAAUUUGUCUUUGCUGACAAAGUUCCAAUCCAGCAAAGCAAAACUCAGGAUCUAAAGCUCCAUGAAGAGGGCUUUAUCCUAUAAAAAUAUCUUCAUGCUGCAAUGAAAGGCUUCCGCCAGUUUUAUGCUGUGUGGUUUUACAACAUGCUUUUCUAUUACCUGUCUCUCAGGAUUAAAACACAUUGGUUUUUUUUUUUUUUUUAGUGUCUGUCUCCGCUGACCCCCCUCCACCCCCCCACCCCAGCUAUAAUUGCAGAAACUGUGUGUUCAGAAAUUAAGACCCUAAAAAGCACUUAUUGUAGACUUGAAUAUAUUUCUAUAAAGUAGUAAAAUAUAUAUUUUGUCUUUUUAUUUUUAAAGAAAAUAAUGUGAACAAUUAUAAAUAAUAGAGAACACAAGUGGCAUACAUGUUAACUAGCUUAGCAGCUAUUUCGGAUAGGGGAGCAAGGGGUAUAAAGCCUAUGCUUCUAAAAAUACAUGAUUUAGUUUUUAGUUGGAAAAUUGUAUGUUUUUAUACCAGGUACAACAUAUAUAUUUCUUUUUUUCCUUCAGAAAGUGUAAUUUAGCAGAAAGUGUAAGAUAGUAGAUCAUAGGAAUGAGACAUUUUGUCAAUAAUCUUAUGCCAUCAUUUCGUGAAUCUUACCUUGAAAUGCUGAGAUUAUUGGUCAGAGAUCAACACUUUCCAAUUGCUGUGUCUCCAAUGGGACCAGUGAUGAUGUCUUAUAAAAAGCUGAUGACAAAAACUUUGCUAUCAUAACCAAGCCAGGGACCUAGUGAAUAUCACUGCAGUCAAGAUUCAAUUCACAAAAGAAAUGCUUUAGCUGUAUGUCUGCAAAUGUGCUGGCUGUUAAGUACACAUUAUAUUUUCUUGAUGCAGUAAAGCUAUAUACAAUACCACUGAAACACUUUCCUUCUUAUCUGCAGUGUUAAACAUGAAUGAGUCUGUUUAAUUGAAUAAUAUUAAACACAAAAUCACAAUUACACCAGGCUGUAUAUGUGAAAAUGGGAAACAAAACUAUUGUUGAUCAUGUUUUAAAAGUGCCUGAAAGACUAUGCAAAUAAAGCCUGAAAAGUGAA